AAUUACGAAAAGUUUUUCAAAAUUGUAUAGAUAUUGUUUUAAAACCUAUAUAUAAAAAAUCAUCAACAGGUUUUUUGCUAAAUAUCAAUAAACAACUUACUUGGACAUAUAUUCGUAUUGCGAUGAUUAUAUCAGAUUUACUUGAAGCUGCAAAUUACUGUUUGACAUCCAAAUCAGCUAAUGCAACUUAUCCUUGUCACAAAUGUUUAAUUCAUAACAAAGAUCUUGCAAAUAUUAAUUUAACUAGUGAUCAAAUUAUUUAUCGUAUACAUGAGAAUAUGAAA